AUGAUCAGGAGAGGUUCAGAGCUGUCCUUUCACAUAGAAGACGAUACAUCGCCGCUACUAGAAGAUGCUGUGAGAAGAGUUGAUUCGAUACUAGCGAGUCAGAACAGAGCCAUUUCAUACCUUGUUGGCCAAUAUCGCAAUUCAAAAUGGUCUCGAGACCAUAUGAAGGCCGCUCUCAAGAUACUGAACAAUUCUUUGAAUCAAGGUGGGAAGGUGAUUGUCAGCGGAAUUGGCAAAUCCUACAAGAUAGCUGGCAAGACGGUGGCUACUUUAAAUUCUCUGAGUGUUCAUUCUGCUCUAUUGCACCCAUCAGAAGCCUUGCAUGGCGAUUUGGGAAUAAUCAGAGAAGACCAUCACGACUCUUUGGUUAUAAUAUCGGCAUCCGGAAACUCUCCAGAGCUAACCACUUUACUUGAAUAUGUGCCGGCUUCAAUUCCUGUUGUAUUGGUCACAUGCACUAAGGUGUCUGCCUUAUCGAAACAUCCAAAAGUAAAAGCUCUUUUUUAUGCCGAAUUGCCACCUAAGGUUUCGGAAAAAAACCUUUAUGGUCUUCAAGCGCCAACAAUCUCAACCACUGUUUGUCUCACAUUACUCGAUGGAAUAAGUAUUGCCCUCUCCGAACUACAUAUCAAGGAUUUAGAAGUGAGGCAAAAAAGAUUUGGUGAUCGACACCCUGGUGGCGCCAUUGGACUUCACUACUUACGAGACCUGGAUCAAUCGCGGCGCCUGAGCGGGUCGAAUGGAUCCAACUCGGAAUUUUCGUCGACCGAAAAGUCAGUUUCCGAGGCCUCAAGCGAGUCUGUUUAUGAGCAGCCCAACUUGCAAGAUGAUGAUUUUCGAGAUGCAAACGAUAUUUUGGAGCUGCCAGAUUUGAAACUACUCAAUGAGAUCAAAUUGUCAGUCUCGAAGAUUACUCUGCCACAGGUUCCUGAAGAUGAGCUGGAGCUUUUGAGGCUGGCGUUAAUGUAUGACUUUUUACUGGUGAUGAAUGCAGAGACAUCGCAAGGUAUCAGAACGAAGAACCUACUGGAUAUCUAUCGCAAAAGCAAAUUACAGGAGGACUCUUGGGAUGAGAUCCUUUGGAAAAUUAAUGACUCGUUUACCAAGCUAAGUUUAUAA